ACUUUUAUAGUAUUUGUGCAAUAGCGGUUUGAUACGAACGUGUUUUCUUCUCGUGACAAAAAGCCAUGUGUGACAAGAAACAGGAGCAACGUAUCAAUCUCAAAUUUCUGGUUAAAUUGAAAAAAAUUCCAACUGAGUGCAAUAAAUUGUUACAAGAUGCCUAUCUCGUGCGCGCUUGUUUGAAUGGUGUAAUCGCUUUAGGGAGGCUGAAGAUGAUCAGCGCCCAUGUCGCCCUGUGACUGCUUCAACUCCGGAAACAGUGACCAAAUCAAACAAAUUGUGCGUGCAGAUCGUCGAAUGAGCAUCCGGUUGAUUGCCUAGGCUGUAAACGCUGAUAAAGAAACGGUUAGAAAAAUUACACAAUUACAAUUGAAAUUGCACAAGACAAAAGUCUGUGCGAAGUUGGUGCCAAAAAAAUCUGACUCUUGACCAAAAGUAUUUGGCUAGUAAGCGCACUCCAGUGCUCGAACACCCGCCGUACUCAUCAGAUUUGGCACCGUGCGCCUUUUUUUUCCGAAGAUAAAAUCUGCUUUGAAAGGAACCCGAUUUGAGUCGAUGAAAGCCGUAAAGCAAAAACGGCAGAGCUCCUAAAGGCACUGACCAAAGAAGACUUCCAGCACUGAUUCGAUCAAUGGAAAAAACGUAUUUGAAGUAAAGACGGCAAUAUUUCACUUUUGCACGUUAGUCUCUGUUAGCGGUGAACGUCAAAUGUAAACAUAAGUUAUGUUUGAAAUCUCAGCUGACCCAGGCCUCUUUUCAGAAGUUUUGCAUAAUAAAAGGCUUAUGACACAAUGGCUAGAUAUCGUGCUACAUUAAGUUUGAGUUCAAGCUCAUCUGAAGAGAAAAAUAAUGUCUGAAGACGAAAAAUAGAUCGAUGUAGACAAUGCUAUUUAUAGAAACGUAUAACAACUUGGCUUUUUUCGAAGGAUUUUGAAUAACUAAGCACACAUUUACAGCAUCUUUAAAAUACAGCUUGGAUUAUCAACUUUUUAACUCGUUUACAUGAGAGACCAUUACUAAUCGAUUAUUGGACCAUUUCACAACUAGGCUAAAGGGUCCUUUAAUUCAAAGUAAACUUCAUUUAAAGUGCCAGUUAAAGUAGGAUUAUGAAGCCGGUCGUUAUAACGAUAUUUUUAUUUUUUAAGUGUAUCAUUUCUAUUUUAUGGACAAAUGAACCCAAUUGCUCAACUCUGCUUUCGAACCCCCAAUCAUUCAUCUUUUUUAAUGCUAUUAUUAAUUUUAUACAUUCUUAUGUGUCAUUUUAUGUUCAAAAUAAUGAGUAGCUAGUGCCUCAAUUUUGCAGCUCCCUGUAGUUCUGAUUUUCAUUUGCAAUCAGAAAUUUAUUUUAUUAGUUAUCGCAUUGCAAAAUAGUUUAUCAUAAAUAAAUUAAAUUAUAUUAAACUGAUAAAAAAUAAAUCUUCAGUACUUGUGAAUAUCAGUACUUCAUAUAUAAUCAGAUAUUCUUAAGAAAUAUCGCGAGUUGGUGAUGAAAUUGAAAAUUUAUAUGGAAAAUAUGAGUUUCCUGGCAAUUAUACUCUUGUUGCAGGCUUUAGUAUGUGUGACUUCUGCGGAAAUUAUAGUGAAGAUCCCUAAUGGAGAACUUAUGGGUCGGAAAGAAUAUUCUUUGAGAGGCAUAUCAUUUUAUGCUUUUCAACAAAUACCCUUCGCAAAGCCACCAAUAGGAAAUCUCCGUUUUGCGGACCCACAACCAGCUGAAAAAUGGGAAGGUGUUUUAGAUGCAACAAAAAAUGAUAGAAUGUGCUAUCAACAAUCUGACUUAUUUCAUGUGAAUCUUACGGCACUCCAAAAUGAAGAUUGUCUCUAUUUGAAUGUAUAUACCCCAAGAGAUCCAACAACAAAUGCAGCACUUCCAGUGAUGUUCUACAUCUAUGGUGGCGGAUUCGUAAACGGAGCUGCAAAUUUUGAUUUUUUUGGGCCGCAUUAUCUAAUGGAAAAUGAUGUAAUUGUUGUGACAACCAAUUAUAGAGUUGGACCGUUUGGAUUUUUAUCUACUGGUGAUGAAACGAUUACUGGAAACUUUGGACUUAAAGACCAAAAAUUAGCCUUAGAAUGGGUAAGGGACAAUAUCAAAUAUUUCGGUGGGGAUCCAGAAAAAGUUACUAUAUUUGGACAAAGUGCUGGAGCAGCAUCAGUAGCUUACCUUCUGAUGAAUCCGGAACUAAAUGGUUUAUUUAGAGCCGCAAUAGCUCAAAGUGGAUCCUCGUUAUGUCCUUGGUCGUACCAGAGAGAAUAUAGGAAUAUGGCGUACAAUUUAGCUAAAGGAAUUGAUAGUAGCUUUAGCAAUGAAAGUAGCUCUCAAGAAUUAUUGGAUUUUUUGAGGAGUAAGGAUGCCAAUAAUAUAAAUACAGUUGCAGCUAGUUUCAAACAAACAUAUGGCAAUGAACAAAUUAUUCAAGGAUUUUGGUUCACUCCAGUCAUUGAACCUAACCACGAGAAUGCAUUUAUUACAGAAAAUCAAUAUAGCGCUUUAGAAAGUGGGCAUAUGAAUCGAGUUCCUCUCAUGAUUGGAAUAACGUCUGAAGAAGCGAUUGCCAGAGCUGCAGCGUCAAAUUUCAUAUCUACUGUGCAUUCGUAUGAAAACGACAUAACUAGAUUGGUUAACAAAAAUAUGCAUUUAACGGAUCCAGCUAUUAAAAAAGAAGCAGGGGAGGAAAUCCGAAGGAUAUACACAGAUGGAUUGUUACAAGAUAAUCCAGGAAAAGCGGUUAAUUAUUUUAGUGAUAUGGAAUUUACUAGAAGUGUAAUUACUCAUGCAAAAUUACAAGCGCAAUUCAGUGAUGUGUACUUUUAUCAAUUCUCUUAUCACGGAGCAAUGGGAGGCAAUAGACCAAACAUAGAGGGUGCCUACAAGGUAGGACACUCAGAAGAUAGCCACUAUUUAUGGGCUGUUGCUAAUCAUACCUACUUAAACAAUUAUUCCGCAUUGGAUGUGGCUACUAGUGAUAGAUACAGAUUAUUAUUUACAAAUUUUGCUAAAUACUUAAAUCCAACUCCUGAAGCAGUUCCACUUCUAAACAACAUUAUAUGGCCAAAAGUUAAAGCAGACGAAUUUGUUUAUUUGGACAUUAAUGAAACUCUAACAUUACAAAGCAAUCCCAAAGUACAGACUUAUGAAAAUUGGGUUGCUCUUUAUGAGAAAUACGCCGUGAAACCUUAUGAUACAUUUUAGAUUUGUAACAAUAAAUUAUUGAAGUACUAAAUUACA